CGCACGCAAAGGAGCUGAAAUACCUGGAGCAGCCCACGGCACACCAUCCCUCCAAACUCUGUGAGGAGGACACGGCAAGAAGCGUCUCCAAAGCCGCCACGGAGUGCGAGGAGCAGGGUCCAGAGGCCGCUCUGCAAGCGGGCCGUGACGCAGAUCCCCUCAAGCCCGUCCCCAGCCAGCGUGUGGUUGAGGUGGAGAUCCCCCACAUAGGAAGGCUGGUGAUUGAGUCAGAGGAAGGCGGGUAUGACGACGAGGUCAUGUUGACCCCAGCCAUGCAGGCCAUUAUCAUGGCCAUAGGGAAAGCCAGGAAUGUGUAUGAGAGACAUGGGCCAGAGGCGGGCUUCUUUAAGGCAUUUACAGCGGAGUAUUCGCGCCUGGUCAGACUGGCACAGGAGGACACCACCCUGGACAACGACAACCGGCUAAAGCACGUGGUGGUUUACCUGCUCCACAAUGAAGCGCCGAAGAAGAUCAUAGAGAGGACGCUGCUCGAGCAGUUUGCUGAUCGGAACCUCACGUUUGAUGAAAGAUGCCGCAGUGUGAUGAAAAUUGCCCGGGCCAAACUCGAGUUAAUCAAACCUAAGGAAGUCAACAUGGAGGAGUACGAGAGGUGGCACCGUGAAUACCGAAGAUUUCGAGAAACCACCGUCUGUAUAAUGAUCGGCCUGGAGAUGUUCCAGAAGAAAUGCUACAGUGAAGCUUUGAUUUACCUUAUCCACGCCUACCAAUACAACAAGGAGCUCCUGUCCAAAGGAAUGUACCGGGGACAUGAUGAGGAGCUGAUGUCCCACUACCGGCGAGAGUGCUUGCUUAAACUCAACGAGCACUCGGCGUCUCUCUUCGAGUCGGGCGAUGGGCAGGAAGUGGAAGAGGGACUGGCAACCAUGAACGAGCUUGUGGUGCCCUGCCUCCCCCUGCUGCUGGCCGAGGAGACGGAGGAGAAAGACAUCGUGGCGGUGGAGGACAUGAGGAACCGCUGGUGUUCGUACCUGGGGCAAGAAAUGGAACCCAGCCUACAAGAGAAGCUGACCGACUUCCUGCCAAAGUUGCUGGACUGCUCGACGGAGAUCAAAGCCUUCUGCGAACCGCCAAGACUCCCCUCCUUCUCCACGCACGAACUGUGUGAGCGCUACGCCCGCGCCAUGGCGUCUCUCAGUCGAACGCCCGCCGACGGCAGAUGAAAAAGAAAACGGCGCCAUUUAAAAAAAAAAAAAAAAUCUUCUGGGAGGUCGUCUGGGAGGACUCACUCCGCCGACGGACCAGGACUUCCUCCAUCUUUGGUUUUCGAUUUUACUUUUUCUCCCGAAAUAUAUAUAUAUAUAAAAAAAAAAACCCUUGCCGUCCUGUCACAGGGUUUGCUUGCUGCUAUGAGUUUUAACCCCGUUUUUACAGAAUUUAAAAAGAAUUGAGUUGUCGCGGCAUCGCCACCAGGAACCUUUUGGCAUCUGUUUUACUGACAUUGAACGAAAGCCCACGUGCAUGAAGCUUGGGAUGCAACAGCUCGACACAACGCAGGAUGAGGUGCGAGGGGGGGGACAAAACUGAUGCUCCAGAGUAUUGAACUUUCCGUGACAAAGAGCGAGAGAUGCAACGACCUCUCUUUCUUUCUCUCUCUGUCUCUCUCUCUCUCUCACUCUCUCUCUCUUUCUCUCUCUGUCUCUCUCUCUCUCUCUCUCUCUCUUCUCUCUCUCCCUCUCUCAAACCUUCAUCUGCCCACCGGGACUCUGUUAAGGAGUUAGCGCCUCGAGUUACCGAUUACUUCCCCAGUACCAGGGUCUCUCUCUCUCGUCUGCUGUAUCUUAGCUAUCCUUUACGAAAGAGGGAACAUACAAGAGGUUUAGGCUCCCACCCUUAUCGUCCCAUCCUCCACGCCCCCCCCCAUCCCGAUAAUGGCAUCGCGACGCUUGUGAAGGAACUGAAAGAAUAAAAUUUUAUUUAUGGCUAUUUUUAGAUGUAAUGGUGAACCCUCUGCUAUUUUGUGUAUGCAUUUUUGUUUUUUUGCCCCUCUCCCCAUCCGAGAUAUUUUUGUUAGUUUCGAUUUGAAAAUAAGACUCCAGGCCGCUUUGGAUACUCUGGGACAUUGUUGUAACAGAGCAAGAAAUAAAAUUCUGCUCUUUGUCAAG